GCACAGGUAGACAGAUAAGAGAAGUGCGGGCAGAGCUGGUGGUCUGCGCGGUCACAGGGCACACUGGCUGCGGUACCGGGACAUGGACCGUCACUGAACUUGUGUCUGCGCCUCGGGCGGCUAUGGGGCAGAACACCGUGAACUUCACCGCAACUGGAAGAAAGUGCGAUGGCAACUUGCAGAAGGCUUUGUCCACGGUCACCACAAGGCUGGGCGCUGCAGAAGUCCUAGAAACUGUCACAUGAAGUAAGCUGUCUACUACAGCCAUCUAAAGGUUGGAAGAUACCUGGAGCUCCACAGAACAUUGCAGCUGAAGACAUGGCCGGACUGAAUCCUAGAGGCUUUGUACUGGGCCUUGUGUUCAUCCUGCAAGCACCAAUGCCAGUGUCUGCGGCAUCCAAAGCAAUUGUGUGCCAGGAGAUCACUGUACCCAUGUGCAAGGGUAUUGGAUAUAAUUACACCUACAUGCCCAACCAGUUCAACCACGACACUCAAGAUGAAGCCGGCCUGGAAGUGCAUCAGUUUUGGCCUUUAGUGGAAAUCCAGUGCUCACUUGAUUUGAAAUUCUUCCUGUGCAGCAUGUAUACACCUAUUUGCUUGGCUGACUACAAGAAACCUCUUCCGCCCUGCAGAUCUGUAUGUGAACGGGCUAAGGCGGGAUGCUCUCCACUCAUGAGACAAUAUGGGUUUGGUUGGCCUGAGAGAAUGAACUGUGACAAGCUUCCACAAAAUGGAGACCCAGAAAACCUCUGCAUGGAUUAUAACAGGACUGAAACCACCACACUUCCACCCUUAUUUGUAAAACCAACUCAUCCGCCCAGAGGACCAAAGCACUUGACUCCUCUCCAUAGUCAGAAGCAACCAAACAGUGACUGUGAAGGGGUUUGCAAAUGCCGAGAACCUUUCAUCUCCAUAACAAAGGAAUCCCAUCCACUGUAUAAUAGAAUCAAGACCGGCCAGGUGCCAAAUUGUGCCAUGCCAUGUUUCCAGCCCUACUUCACCCAGGACGAGAAGACAUUUGCUACUUUCUGGAUAGGGCUGUGGUCCAUAUUGUGUUUCAUCUCAACCCUUGCUACUGUGGCCACAUUUCUGAUUGACAGGGAGAGGUUUAGGUACCCGGAAAGGCCUAUCAUCUUCUUAUCCGCGUGUUAUCUCUUUGUAUCCUUAGGCUACAUCAUCAGACUUAUUGUAGGUCAUGAAAAUGUUGCCUGCAACAGGGACCACAUUCAUUACGAGACAACAGGACCAGCCCUCUGCACAAUGGUUUUUCUUCUUAUCUACUUCUUUGGAAUGGCCAGUUCCAUCUGGUGGGUGAUCUUAUCUUUUACAUGGUUUUUGGCCGCUGGUAUGAAGUGGGGUAAUGAGGCCAUUGCCAGCUACUCUCAGUACUUCCAUAUGGCGGCCUGGCUCAUACCAAGCAUCAAAUCCAUAACUGUCCUUGCUUUAAGUUCAGUGGAUGGUGACCCCGUGGCUGGAAUCUGCUAUGUGGGUAAUCAAAACCUGGACAAUCUCCGUGGUUUUGUCUUGGCUCCACUCGUAGUGUACCUCUUCACAGGGACAAUGUUUCUGCUGGCUGGCUUUGUUUCGCUCUUCAGAAUUAGGAGCGUUAUAAAACAAGGUGGCACCAAAACCGACAAACUGGAAAAACUGAUGAUCAGAAUAGGUGUAUUUACUGUCUUGUACACUGUACCUGCCAUCAUCGUGGUUGCCUGUUAUAUAUAUGAACAGCACUGCAGAGAAUUUUGGGAAAAAUCCCACAACUGCUGUUCGGGGGACAAAAAGAGAUCCAGGCCUAAGUAUGCCGUUUUCAUGUUAAAGUACUUUAUGUGUCUGUUGGUUGGCAUAACCUCAGGUGUAUGGGUUUGGACUGGAAAAACUUGGGAGUCUUGGAAGAGAUUGACAAGUAGAUGUUGCAGAAGCAGCAAGUCUAUCAAUGCCUUGGUGUACAGUGAAGCCAGCACGGCACUGACCGCGAGGACUGCUUUGCCAAGUUCAGCUUUAUACCACAAGCAGGUGCCAAUGUCUCAUGUUUGACCAAUGCCCCUUGCCCUGCAGAACAUGGGAUGUGUUUGUCUUACUGCUAGUCACUAUUUUGUGCUCUGACAAUGUGUACAUUGUUUUGCCCUUACGGUUGUCAGCAUUCAGAUUCCAUAGAAGCUCCUUUACUCAGAGUUUCAGGGAAUCUGGGCAAUUGUGCACUCAUCAUUGAAAAACCGUAAUUUACUCAAAUUUGGCUUCUCGACAAUAUACAUUUUAUAAUGUUCUAGUCACUUUACUUGAAAAUGUUGGUAAACAUGGAAGGUGGACAAGAGAUGAGCUAUAGGUAAUAUAUACUUACAUCAUUCUGAUAAAAUGCUGCCCCCUUCUCUUGUAGGAGGUCGCUUACUCCUAUCCAAAAUGAGAGAACCUUACACGUGCAUGCCUAAGUGCAUGCCUAUACAGCCAUGUAGAACAAACCGGAGACUUAGUCCAGAUAAUCGAAUGCCCUUUUGGUAUUGCAAUGACAUUAAAUAUGAGUUUUUGUUGUAACAUGCAGGAGCCUAUGUGAUUUAUAGCAGUAAGGACCCCUGCAGGACAGAAGGGGGCAUUACCGUCAGAAGUAACCUCCCAGAGCUACCAUUACUAGGUUUGUAGGUUUCUAGCUCCGCUUGCACAGAUCUACAGAUGUAGCAGACACCUGACAUUUAGAUACACAGGGGGUGACUUAGAUUAUCUGAAGUCGUCUGUGUUGAAGUGCUUUGCACCACAUUUAUCAGAUAGCGGAUGGUGCUUGUUCCAUUUGAUGUAUUUUUAAACCUAACACUUUUGUCCACGAAUGGUGCUCCAGUUUUUCUACACCGCCCUUGACCUGGAGUGAGUUUAGAACUUUUUUUAUUUGUGAUAAAUCCUGAGUGAAAACUAUUAAUAUAGAUAACUACGUCCACUUUUCAGAACUGUAGGAGUUGUGUAAAAAUAUAUGAGAAGUCGCAAAGCCCCUUUUU